GGCAAGAGCUUUAAAUAUGCUGGGGCGAUUUUGGGAAGGUUGGAUGGUGCUCGAAGGAAAAAGCUCAUCAGUUAUAAUGAUGUGGGUCUUUAAAGGGAAAGAUACUGUGAACUGGAAAUCUGCAAAUGACCUUCCCGACAUGGAAAGCGCCAUUUGCCGAGAACGGAGCAGGAGUCGGUUUUCGCUUGCUUUUAUCUGUUGCUUUUCGGGGAGUGGGGUUCGUCGAGUGACUCUGCUUAACGUGAGCGCCCCGAUCCGAGCCGUGGAUUUAGCAUAAGUACAGCCCUUAACCCCACCACCAUCUUCUCGCUCCAGUUCCAGAUCCCGCUCCUCUCUGUCUCUGUCUCUCUGUCUCUUUCUCUUUCGGUCGCAGUCACUCGCUUUCCCUUUUGCCCUUUUGUCUUUUUGACCUCUUCUCCUUGUCUUUCCCUGGGGAGAGCUGAGCUGAGCUGAGCGAGAGGGACGAGAGGAUGUUGUCCCCGAACCCGCUCCCUCUCUUCUGUGCCCUGCUUCUCUGCUUGCCCCUGGUCAUUGUCUUCACCAUCAACAACGGCCCCGCCGCCACGACCUCCUCCUCCGCUGCGGACGGCGGCGGCGGCGGCGACCCCUUGUCCAUACCCGCAACCCAUUUGCCGAAUGCCCGGUUCGACAUCAAGGCCAACCUCGAAGCCAGGAUCUUAGAAUCAAGAAUCCCGACGGAUGAACUGCCCAUAAUCGCAAACGCCAAGAACCCCGCCUCUAACCCGCCGCCGCCGCCGCCGCCGCCGCCAACGCCGCCGGCGUUCAGUUACGACGAUGCGGAGGACGAGGCGCUCUUCCGGGUGGCGUCCCGGGUCAGCUCGAAUCCCACGCGGCCCAAGAAGCUGGCCUUCAUGUUCCUGACCACAACGGGCCUCCCCUUCGCCCCGCUGUGGGAGGCCUACUUCCGCACCGCCCCGGAAGACCUCUACAACAUCUACGUCCACGCCGACCCGACCCGGAAGCCCGGCCCGCGCUUCUCCGGCGUGUUCGCCGGUCGCGUCAUCCCGUCCAAGCCGUCCCGCCGCCACACCCCGACGCUCAUCGCGGCGGCGCGCCGGCUGCUCUCCCGCGCGCUCCUCCACGACCGGGGCAACGCCAUGUUCGCCCUCCUCUCCCCGUCCUGCGUCCCCCUCCGCUCCUUCAACUUCACCCACCGGACCCUGGCCCGAUCGGGGAAGAGCUUCAUCGAGAUCCUCAACGAGCCGGGGCGGUACGACCGGUGGGCGGCGCGCGGGCCCGACGCGAUGCUCCCGGAGGUGACCCUCGAGGACUUCCGGAUCGGGUCCCAGUUCUGGGCGCUGACGCGGCGGCACGCCCGCGCGGCGGCGGCGGACACGCGCCUCUGGUCCAAGUUCCGGCUCCCCUGCGUGCCGCGCGCCCCGUGCUACCCGGAGGAGCACUACUUCCCGACGCUCCUCAGCAUGCGGGACCCGCGCGGGUACGUGCCAUGCACCCUGACCCACGUGGACUGGAGGGGCCGGAGCGACGGGCACCCCCGGACGUACCGGGCGGGCGAGGUGGGCGCCGAGCUGAUCCGCCGGCUGAGGAACGAGCGGCCCCGGUACGGCGACGGCGGGGCCAACGGGACGGACCUGCUGGCGCACCGGAGGCACGACCCGUUCCUCUUCGCGAGGAAGUUCGAUCCCGGCGCGGCGGGAGCGCUGAUGGGCAUCGCGGAGGACGUGCUCUUCAAAGACUAGGAUGGCAUUUUGUUUGGUGAGAUUUCCCGUUCUUCAGGGGGGAGGCGAGAUAAUUGUAUAUAGAGAUGGAACAAAGCCUAAGCCUUCUUCGCGUCGUUUCCGUCUUAAGUCCAAAGGAUAAUUAUGAUGAUGAGUCAUGAAAUGUACAUCUUGUCUUCUGCUUAAUCAAAGAUUUGGUGGAGUGUUUUUUUU